UUUCUCCAUCAGCUCUUUCUUACAUCAUAUUGCAAUCUCUCACUUUAUACCAAAUUUAAAGUACGUUGAGAUAUGGCUUUAAAAACAUGGAAGCCAUUCCUAACUGUUGUUUCUCUACAAUUCGGAUAUGCCGGACUGUCGAUCAUAGCCAAAUUUGCUUUGAACCAAGGCAUGAGCCCUCACGUUCUAGCUGCUUAUCGCCAUAUCUUCGCUACAAUUUUCAUUGCUCCGUUUGCCUAUUUCUUGGAUAGAAAAAUACGGCCGAAGAUGACACUACCCAUCUUCUUCAAGAUAUUGUUGCUUGGGUUAUUGGAACCAACAAUUGAUCAGAACUUAUACUACACUGGCAUGAAGUACACUUCGGCGACUUUCACAGCUGCAAUGACCAAUGUUCUGCCUGCCUUUGCCUUUAUUAUGGCGUGGAUCUUCAGACUUGAGAAGGUUAACGUCAGGAAAAUACACAGCCAAGCCAAGAUUCUAGGGACAAUUGUGACAGUUGGUGGAGCAAUGCUUAUGACUGUUGUGAAAGGACCUUUAAUUCCUUUGCCUUGGGCUAAUCCUAACGACAUUCAUCAAGACGCAUCCAAUCCCGGAGUCAAACAAGAUCUUACUAAAGGCGCACUCCUCAUCGCUGUCGGUUGCAUCUGCUGGGCCGGUUUUAUCAAUCUCCAAGCGAUAACGCUAAAGUCGUACCCGGUAGAGCUAUCCUUGACAGCUUGCAUAUGCUUCAUGGGGUCUCUUGAAAGCACUAUAGUGGCACUUUAUAUUGAAAGGGGAAAUCCUUCUGCUUGGGCUAUCCAGUUGGAUUCCAAGUUACUAGCUGCUGUUUAUGGUGGGAUAAUAUGUUCAGGGAUUGGUUAUUACGUUCAAGGAGUAAUAAUGAAAACUCGAGGACCGGUGUUUGUGACUGCCUUCAAUCCAUUGAGCAUGGUCAUUGUUGCCAUCUUGGGGUCUAUAAUCCUUGCUGAGGUUAUGUUCCUUGGGAGGAUUCUUGGAGCAAUAGUGAUAGUUCUUGGACUCUAUUCAGUUUUGUGGGGCAAAAGCAAAGACGAACCAUCUUCACCAUUUCCCGACAUGGACAAGGAACUCCCACUUAGUACUCCUCAAAUUGUGACAUUCUCGUCGAAAGAAAAUGCAGAAAUGGACACAAAUGAUGCAAGUGUUGUUUUCACGAGGCCUAACACCAAUGAAUCAGUCUAAAAUAAUGACAGCACCACCGGCGAUUAUAAAAUUAUAAUAAGAGAAAGCAAUGAGUCCGAUUUCUAAACACAUGAUCGCUGCUUAUUGGUAGAGUGCAUGUUAUUGUAAUGCUAAUUUUGGCUUUUGUUUAAUUUUGUAUCCGGCUAUAAUAUAUGAAAUGUUUUGCACAAUUAAAAGUAUCUCUUUUCUUAAAGUCA